UACUCUUUUAUAUUUAAAUAGUUUGUUAUUUACUGCUUAUACAGUUUGCUAUAUAAACUGUGAAAUCCUGUUUAGUAAACCUGUGUAGUCUUUUCAUGGUAUUUAAAAUGCUGUAACACAAACACCACACGCAUACUAAAUCGUCAAAAGCACGUGGUACAUAUUGUGGUAUCUUAGAAUGAACAAUUAUCGACGUAUUUUGACCACGGUGAUUUUGACCUGAAAAAAUAUGUUGAUACAAUAUUUUUUUAAUGUAACGUUAUUUUAAUAAUUCGUAAAGCAAAUUAAACAAUUGAAUCGUAUUUUAUAUAAGAAGAAUUUUACAGAAGAAGACAUAAAUUUAAUCUAACCCAGACAUGAUGAUUUAGAUAGGAAAGUUUCUUAUUGAAUUAUAAAAAUACAAACUGAUGUGGAAAUAGAAGCUCCAAAAAAUGGCAAAGAUAUUCAAGUUUUUUCAAAGCAUAAGAAAUAAUUGGAAGAAAUCUGUCGUUGGAGCUGCAGCUUUGUCUUAUGGUGUUUCGUACAGUAAAGAUGCGUUCGAGACAGAACAAUUAAUGAGGCAAUACUGUGAAACUGCAUCACAGUAUGGUGAUGCUCCAUGUCAAACACAGACAAAACAUCGACAUGUAACAGUCAUUUUAAAUCCAAAUGCCAAGAAAGGGAAAGCUAAAAAGUUAUUUACAAACUACUGUGAACCAUUAUUGCACUUAGCAGGAAUAGCUGUAACAGUAAUACAAACCAAGUCAGAAAAUGAAGCUAGGAAAAUUAUAAUGAACUUGGAUACACCAACUGAUGCCAUCAUAGUAGCAGGAGGAGAUGGCACCUUGUCUGAUGUUUUAACAGGAUUAGUUAGGAAAUGUAAUUCUGAUAUCAAUUCAGUCAAACAAUGUCCUAUUGGUAUUUUACCUUUAGGACAAGUAAAUAGAGUAGCAAAGUCUAUGUAUCAUAAGUAUGAUAAUUUAUCCGAUGUAAGACAGUUAAUAGAAGCUACAAUGGCAAUUAUAAGUGAGAACUCCAAAUUGAUGGAUAUGAUUGAAGUUGAACCCAUUGAAGAAAAUUCUGAAGAACCAGUGAAACCAAUUUAUGCUAUGGGCACAAUUGAAUGGGGUGCAUGGAAAGAUGCACACACUAUUGCUAAAAAAUAUUGGUAUUGGGGACCCUUACGAAAAUACGCAACUUAUAUACUGAAUGGAUAUAAAGAGAAGUUAAAUUGGAACUGUGACGCAGUAAUAAAAUAUACCAAUCCUUGUGAUGGCUGUUCUCGUUGCCAUCGUUCUGAUAUUAUCAGCACAAAUAAGAGGUGGUGGCAUGCAUUCCUUCCGAAAAGACCAAGCAUACCAAUGAUUGAUUAUAGUAAAAUAGUAAAUGAACAAUGUGGUAUUUCUUAUGAAUUACCUAUAUCAACGAACGAACUACAUAUAGAAAGUUCCAACAUAGAGAAAUCGGAAGAUUUGUCACAACAGUCAUCUUUGAAAUUAAAAAUAGGUCCAAAAGAUAGUGGGUACUUCUUUUUUGUGCUUGAAGGAUGGAAGCAAGAGAAUGACAACAAAUUAUUGUAUAAGCAGAUAUUAGAAGCAAAAGACAUUGAAAUAACACCAAAAGAAGUACAUAAAGAAAAAACAUUGUAUAUCGAUGAUGAAGAAUACGAAUUAAAAUCAGUUAAAAUUAAAUUACUUUCACGAUCAGUUAAAGUAUUUUCUCCCAAAUCAAAGAUUUAAUAGAAAGGUGAUGUAUAAUUUAAAUAAAUUAUUAUUAAGCACAUUA